UGGGCUCUUGGGCUGCGUAUCAGAGGGUCAUUGUCUAUUGUUCUCCAAACAGGGAUCCAGUUUUUCACACCAAGAGAUUUGCACUGCAUUUUCUGUCCUGGGCUCUUCCCAAAUAUCGAGUGAAGUGGUUGGUGAUCUCACACAAAGGGAGAACAAGACAGGAGCAGGACCAUUAUUCUACACCCUUGCUCUUAUUCUCCACCCUUGUCUCCUGUUGGGUCGGAGCUGGGUGUGAUGGGGACUCGGAAAUGCGGAGGCUGCCUGAGUGGGCUGCUCGUCCCUCUGGCCCUGUGGAGCAUAAUCGUGAAUAUUUUGUUGUAUUUCCCCAAUGGGCAAACUUCCUACGUGACCAGCAGUAAAAUCACCAACUACGUGUGGUAUUUUGAAGGAAUCUGUUUCUCGGGCAUCCUGAUGCUCAUUGUAGCCACAGUUCUUCUUCUACUGGAGAAAGAGAACAACUACAAAUGUUGCCAGAGUGAAAACUGCAGCAAAAGAUACAUGACGCUGCUGUCGGUUAUCUUUUCUGCCCUUGGAAUUGCUUUCUCUGGAUACUGCCUGGUCAUCUCCUCACUGGCCCUUGUUCAGGGGCCCUACUGCCGCACCCUCCGUGGCUGGGAGUAUGCCUUUGAAGGUACAGCGGGACGGUUCCUCACAGAGUCCAGCGUUUGGAUGCAAUGUUUGGAGCCUCCGCAUGUCGUGGAAUGGAACAUCAUCUUAUUUUCCAUCCUAAUAGCUCUCAGCGGGCUUCAGGUGAUCGUAUGCCUCCUGAAGGUAGUCAUGCAGUUAUCCAAGAUCCUGUGUGGCACCUACUCUGUCAUCAUCCAGCCUGGAGUCAUUUGAAUGAAGACAGAUCUUGUUUCUUACCCGCUGGAUAGACUGGAGAAGAUACUCAAAUAUUUUCUCUGUUUGAUUUUUUUUUUUUUUUGCCCAUUUGUGAAAUUCACAGUCCUCAAUGGAAAUACCAAUGAUGCCACUUUCCAGAUUUUUUCCAAGAAAUGAAUGUCAGGAUCUUCAAAACUGUUUAUAACCUUUGAUUAAACAAAUAUAUUUUCCAUAAACUCUACUGUGAUAGUAAUUAAGAAUGCUGAAAGAAAACUUUAGGUAAAUUCAUAUAUUGCAGAAUUAUUUAAUAUUCUGGGAAAUUAGAAAUACCCCUCAAAG